AUGAAGUGGAUUGGGUUAUUCUGGUUUGCUUGCAUGUUUUGGCAAAGUUGCCAGGCACUGAUUGAUGCUAAGGAAGUUGCUCCACUAGAGGAUAACAGGGGUUUCAUCAAACUGAAUGAUGAAAAUUAUCCUAAAUGGAGUGGUGGUAUUAAGGAUCACUACACAAUUCUAUUCAUAACAAUUUCUGAUGACAAUCCCAUGGACAUCCAAUGCGAUAUAUGCCAUGAAUUAGAAUCUGCAUUGAGUACUGUAUUUGGAUUGGCAAGGAAACAAGCGCCUGCGACUAAAAUUUUAAUGUUUGAAGUAGAUAUAGUGGAAAAUAGUAAGCUACUGAAGGACAUGAACUUAAACAGUAUACCUCAUGUGCUGAUUUACCCACCACCCACUUCCGAAUCGUUCAAAUGGUCGGUAGAUCCAUUCUACCAGUAUCCGGUAAGUCCCGAUAAUGAAAAGCGUAUUUUACAUUUUGGUGACUUCUUGGCACAGGUUCUUGAUGUCCAUCUAGAAAUUUCAGAUUUUGACUAUAGUGAGUUUUCCAAAUAUUUCAUCGCCAGUGUGGCCCUUUUCGUAUUUAUCAAGAAACAAAUUGUACCAAGGGUUACACAUUUCAGAAAAUGGGCUACAGUUUUUGUAUCAUUUGUCAUUCUACUCACAAGUAUCGGUGGCUAUAAAUUUACUGAAAUAAAUGCCAUUCCCUUUAUUGCUCGUGAUGGUGAUGGUAAAAUAAUGUAUUUUAGUGGUGGUACGGGAUGGCAAUUUGGUAUUGAAAUCUUUGCAGUAGCGGCAAUGUAUGUGGUUAUGGGAGCACUGGUUGUUAUUUUAAUAUUAUCUCCCAAAUUGCCAUUUAGCUCAAGAGCUCAAAAUAUACAAGGUGCAGUACUUUCAUGUUUCCUGUUCUUUGCCUUCUCCUACUACACUAAAUGCUAUAAAAUAAAAUUCCCAGAGUAUCCAUUUGAAUUCUAA